AUGACAAUAAAAUGUGGGGAUGAGUUGGACAUAAUUAAGCGCAAGAAUGUGCUUGGGCUACUUUUUGGUGUUUCAAGCCUCUUGAUAGGCUCACUUGAUGCUAAGGCAGGUGGCUUGCCCCCAGAUCAAAAACCAAGACUCUGUGAUGAUACUUGUGAGAAAGAGCUUGACAAUGUACCAAUGGUAACUACUGACUCCGGUUUGCAGUAUAAGGAUAUCAAAGUUGGCAGAGGCCCUAGUCCCCCAGUUGGUUUUCAGGUGGCCGCAAAUUAUGUUGCCAUGGUUCCAUCUGGACAAAUAUUUGACAG